AAAAAAAAAAAAAAAAAAACUAACAAAAACCCUCUUAAGCCUUAACCCCCCUCUCUCUCUCUCACCGUCUUUCUUCGGGUCGGCUCCUUUCUCUUCUUAUCCUCAACAAUGGCGUUCUUCGCCGCCGCGCCUAGUCAUCUUCUCAACCCGACCACUCUCCCUUCCUCCUUCACCUCCCGUCCCAAAUUACCACCCGCCACCACUACCUCCUCCUCCUCCGCCGCCGUCUCAUCUCGCUCCUCCACUCUAAAAUGCAAUCUCUCUUCCCCUUCUCUUUCCUCUUCCCAAAACCUCCAGCCUUCCAACCUCUCACCCCUCUCUCCCCUCCUCGAUAACCUCCCCAAGGUCCUCGCAGCCUCCUCCGCCGUCACCCUCGUCUUCAGCCUCUGCUCCUCCGCCUUCAACUCCCCCGAAAACCUCACAGGCGGCGGCGGAAACGGAGGAAGUGGAUUUGGCGGAGGCGGUGGCGGUGGAAGUGGAAAUGGCGGCGGCGGUAAUGGAGGUAGCGGCGGGUUUUGGAGAAGACUGUUCUGUCCCUCGGCAGCGUUUGCCGACGACUCUCAGUCCCAGGAGUGGGAUUCCCACGGCCUCCCGGCCAACAUUGUGGUCCAGCUGAACAAAUUGAGCGGGUUCAAGAAAUAUAGGGUUUCCGACAUCCAAUUCCUCGAUCGGCGGCGAGGGAACACGGUGGGGCCGGAGGACUCGUUCUUCGAGAUGGUCUCGCUGAGGCCUGGUGGCGUCUACGCCAAGGCGCAGCUCCAGAAGGAGCUGGAGACGCUGGCGACCUGCGGAAUGUUCGAGAAGGUCGACAUGGAAGGGAAGACCAACCCGGACGGGACCCUCGGCGUGACAAUCUCGUUCACCGAGAGCACAUGGCAGUCGGCCGACAAGUUCCGGUGCAUAAAUGUCGGGAUGAUGCCGCAGUCGAAGCCUAUCGAGAUGGACCCGGACAUGACGGACAAGGAGAAGCUCGAGUACUUCAAGAAUCAGGAGAAGGACUACAAGAGGAGGAUCGAGAGGGCCCGCCCCUGCCUGCUGCCGAUGCCGGUGUACCGGGAGGUUAUGCAGAUGCUGAGGGAUCAGGGGAAGGUCAGCGCCAGGCUGCUGCAGAGGAUCAGGGACAGAGUUCAGAAAUGGUAUCAUGACGAAGGCUAUGCCUGUGCCCAGGUCGUCAAUUUUGGGAAUUUGAAUACGAAAGAGGUCGUUUGUGAGGUUGUGGAAGGGGAUAUUACUCAGCUCGUUAUUCAGUUCCAGGAUAAACUUGGCAAUGUAGUUGAAGGGAACACUCAAAUCCCUGUUGUCAAGAGAGAAUUGCCCAGACAGCUUCGACCAGGCUACGUUUUCAACAUAGAAGCUGGGAAGCAGGCCCUGAGGAAUAUAAAUUCACUAGCUUUGUUUUCGAACAUUGAAGUCAACCCAAGACCCGAUGAGAAGAAUGAAGGAGGAAUAAUAGUAGAAAUUAAGCUUAAAGAACUAGAGCAGAAGACGGCUGAAGUUAGUACAGAAUGGAGUAUUGUUCCUGGACGUGGAGGAUAUCCUACUUUGGCUUCACUGCAGCCUGGUGGAACUGUUACUUUUGAGCAUCGGAAUAUCAAAGGGCUCAAUAGAUCGAUCCUUGGUUCUGUAACCACCAGCAACUUCCUCAAUCCCCAGGAUGACCUUGCUUUCAAGCUUGAAUACGUGCAUCCAUACCUGGAUGGUGUUUACAAUCCUCGCAACCGAAGUCUCCGUGUGAGCUGCUUUAACAGCCGAAAACUGAGUCCAGUCUUCACUGGUGGGCCUGGGGCUGAUGAAGUACCCCCCAUAUGGGUUGAUCGAGCUGGUGUUAAGGCUAAUAUUACAGAGAAUUUCACUCGCCAAAGCAAAUUCACUUAUGGCCUUGUAAUGGAAGAGAUCACAACCCGUGACGAAAGUAGUCAUAUAUGUCCAAAUGGCCAGCGGAUUUUGCCCAGUGGAGGAAUCAGUGUAGAUGGACCUCCAACCACUCUCAGUGGCACUGGCAUUGACCGUAUGGCCUUUCUUCAGGCAAAUAUCACGCGUGAUAAUACUAAGUUUGUGAAUGGUACUAUAGUUGGUCAGAGAAAUGUAUUUCAGGUGGACCAAGGUCUCGGUAUCGGCAGCAAGUUUCCGUUCUUUAACCGUCAUCAGUUGACGUUGACUAAAUUUUUCCAGCUAAAGCAAGUAGAGGAGGGUGCUGGUAAACCACCCCCACCUGUUCUUGUACUCCAUGGGCACUAUGGUGGCUGUGUUGGCGACCUUCCAAGUUAUGAUGCCUUCACUCUUGGUGGCCCCUAUUCUGUGAGAGGUUAUAACAUGGGUGAGAUAGGCGCAGCGAGAAACAUCGUUGAGCUUGCAGCCGAGCUUCGGAUACCUGUGCAAGGUACACAUGUAUAUGCAUUUGUUGAGCAUGGAAAUGAUCUAGGAAGCUCAAAAGAUGUGAAGGGGAACCCGACAGAGGUUUACAGGCGAAUGGGUCAUGGGUCAUCUUACGGUGCUGGAGUUAAACUAGGUCUAGUGCGCGCAGAGUAUGCUGUUGAUCAUAACUCCGGCACUGGUGCUGUAUUUUUCCGCUUUGGAGAGAGGUUUUAGAUGCGAGUAGAUUGUUAAUUUUGUUUAUGAUGUUCGGCUUCUUAGGAUAUUGUGAAAGAAAGAGAGCGAAGUUCCGACCAAGUGCAUUUAAACAACUUUUCAUGGUUUUGCUUUAAACUAGACAAUAGACGUGUGAUCCAAAUGGAAUGGGAUUUUUCCAUUUUGGUUAUUAUUCAAAUGAAUAGACCUUGUAAUAAUUUGCUAUUUCGGAAAAUAUGGCCAACCUUUUUAA